CUUGGCGUGCCCGCCUCCUCCAGCCCUGCUUCAAAGGCAGUCGGGCAGCAGCCGGGUGGGGUGGAUCUCACCGGGCCCCGAGGCCAGCAUGACCGCCGAGGAGCGGAGGAACCUGCAAGCCUUCAGCGACUAUGUCAAGAAGAUUCUGGACCCUACCUACAUCCUGAGCUACAUGAGCCCCUGGCUUGGGGAGGAUGAAAUGCAGUGUAUUCAGGCUGAGAAAAACAACAAGGGCCCAAUGGAGGCUGCCUCACUGUUUCUCAAGUACCUGUUGCAGCACCAGGAGGAAGGCUGGUUCCGUGGCUUUUUGGAUGCCCUAAGCAGUGCAGGUUAUUCUGGGCUUUAUGAAGCCAUUGCAAAUUGGAAUUUCCAAAAAAUUGAAAAGUUGGAGGAAUACAGAGCACUUUUAAAACGUUUACAACCAGCAUUUAAAGACAGAAUCAAUCCAACAUGUAUCCUUCCUGAAAUGUCUGACUGUAUAAUUAGUCAGGAAUAUGAAGAAAUUAUGCAGAUUUGCUUCAAUAAGGGGAUGAUGGCAGGUGCAGAGAAAAUGGCUGAAUGCCUUCUCAGAUCAGACAAGGAGAACUGGCCCAAAACUUUAAAACUUGCUUUGGAGAAUGAAAACAACUCAUUCAGUGAACUUUGGAUGGUAGAGCAAGAUGCCAAAGAUGUUGAAGCUGAAGAUCUUGAGGAGGACGACAUGGGAACUUCCAGCGUACAUAUUGUCUACCAGGAAGGUCCACAAUGGGAGAAUCUCAGCCAGAAUUCAUGCACACCUGCAGAAGUAUCUCGCGCUAAAUUAUGCAGCCAACUGAAACCAAGAAAUUACCAGCUAGAGCUUGCUCUGCCUGCUAUGAAGGGAAAAAACACAAUAAUAUGUGCUCCUACUGGUUGUGGAAAAACCUUUGUUUCACUUCUUAUAUGUGAACAUCAUCUUAAAACAUUUCCACAAGGACAAAAAGGGAAGGUGGUGUUUUUUGCUAAUCACGUCCCUGUGUAUGAACAGCAGAAAUCUGUGUUCUCAGAAUAUUUUGAAAGACUUGGGUACAGUGUGGCAGGUAUUGCUGGAGCAACAGUUGAGAAUGUCCCCGUGAAACACAUUGUGGAGAACAAUGACAUCAUUGUUUUAACACCACAGAUUCUUGUGAACAAUCUUAAAGACGGAACUAUUCCAUCACUCUCUGUCUUCACUUUGAUGAUAUUUGAUGAAUGUCACAAUACUUGUAAACAACACCCAUACAAUAAGAUCAUGUUCUAUUAUCUGGAUCAGAAACUUGGAGGAUCUUCCGACCCACUGCCUCAGGUCAUUGGGAUGACUGCCUCUGUUGGUGUUGGGGAUGCCAAAAACACAGAUGAAGCCGUGGAUUAUAUCUGCAAGCUCUGUGCUUCUCUUGAUGCAUCAGUGAUAGCAACGGUCAAAGAGAAUCUGGAGGAACUGCAAGAAAUUGUUUAUACGCCCCAGAAAAUUUCCAGGAGAGUAGAAUCACGGACUACCAAUGGAUUUAAAUGCAUCAUAUCGCAGCUGAUGAGAGAGACAGAAAGUCUGGCAAAGGGCGUCUUUGAAGAACUGGAAAACUUAUCUCAGAUCCAGAACCGGGAAUUUGGAACACAGAAAUACGAACAGUGGAUUGUCGAAGUCCAUAAAGCGUGCAGGACAUUUCAGCUGCCAGACAAAGACGAAGAGAGCAGGAUCUGUAAAGCGCUAUAUUUGUACACUUCCCAUUUGCGGAAGUAUAAUGAUGCCCUCAUUAUCAGUGAGCACGCCCAAAUGAAAGAUGCCCUGGAUUACUUGAACAAUUUCUUCAACGAUGUCAGAGCAGCAGGAUUUGAUGAGACGGAACAAGAUCUUACCCGGAGAUUUGAAGGAAAGGUGCAGGAACUAGAAAAAGUUUCCAUGGAUCCCAGCAAUGAGAAUCCUAAACUCAAAGACCUGUACCUCAUUUUACAAGAAGAGUACCACGUCAAUCCAGAGACCAAAACCAUUCUGUUCGUGAAAACCAGAGCCCUUGUGGACGCUAUAAAGAAAUGGAUUGAGGAAAAUUCUAAACUCAGCUUUCUAAAGCCUGGCAUAUUGACUGGACGUGGCAAAACUAGUCAGACUACAGGAAUGACCCUUCCAGCACAGAAGUGUGUACUGGACGCAUUCAGAAGCAAUGGAGACCACAAUAUUUUGAUUGCCACCUCAGUUGCUGAUGAAGGCAUUGACAUCGCUCAGUGCAAUCUGGUCAUCCUGUAUGAGUACGUGGGCAAUGUCAUCAAAAUGAUCCAGACUAGAGGCAGAGGAAGAGCAAAAGGGAGCAAGUGCCUGCUUCUGACCAGCAAUGCCGAUGUAAUUGAAAAAGAAAAUAUAAACAUGUAUAAGGAGAAAAUGAUGAAUGAAUCCAUUUUAAGACUCCAGACAUGCGAUGAAGCAAAAUUUAAACAAAAGCUUCUCUGUAUACAGAUUGGUGAAAAAUUCAUCAGAGAUAGUCAACAAAACUUCAAACCUAAACUUGAUAAGCAAAAUAAGAAACUGCUGUGUGGAAAGUGCAAAGCCUUGGCAUGUUACACAUCUGAUAUAAGAAUGCUAAAGAGCCACUUGCCAAUGAAAAGAGUACCCAACCAGUACACGCUGGGGUGGAUGAACGGAACGCUGAAAGGUUUUCCAUACCACUUUCCUUAACCUACAGUAAACUGGCUUUUACCUUCUUGAUGUGUUGAAAUCAUUCUUGUCAAGGACUCCAGUGACUGUGGUUGGCAAAUCCAUUUGGUCAUGUCUUGGUCCUACUUGAUGUCUUUGCUGUUUGUGGCCCGGGUGAGUGCCCACUUGUUAAAACUGUCCCCUGGCUUCUCUCUCAGAUCUUCCCCAGUCUUAUAAAAUGGUUUGUUUGCUGAUCCUUAAAUGUAGAUCACUCCAAGGGUUCAAUAUAUAUAACUAAAUACAUAUGUAUGUACAAGAGAUCUUCAAAGUUUUCAUAGAAAAUGAAAUAAUUUUGAAAUCCUUGCAUAAAAAAAAAAGGAAGAUUAUUUAUUUCCAAGGCAGAGAAGUCUUCCAUCUACUGGUUCACUCCCCCGAUGGCUGCAAAGACCGAAGCUCCACUGAUCUGAAGCCAGGAGCUCCUUCCAGGACUCCCAGGCUAUAGCAGAGAGCCAGAUUGGAAGUGGAGCAGCUGGGACUUGAACUGGUGCCUAUAUGGGAUGGCAGCAGCACUGGCCCCAACUUUUUAUUUCUACAUGAACUUUUUGAAGUGCCCUGGAAUAGUUCCAUGUACCUAUGUUCUCUGAGUAGCAACGUACAGCAUGGUAAUCUUGAAACUGCAUAGUAGACAGCUUUUAGUGAGAACACAAAUGAUGGGAUGAUUACUGAGAAGUUCCUUGUGUUCUUUUAGUUUACUCUUACCAUGUGCUGUUGAUUUCCUUUAUUGUACCAUUGUUUCUUUUGAAGGUCAUCUAAAGCCAUUUUCUAAUAAUGGCUGAUGAACACUUGGACUAUCUUGUUCUCAAGUCACUCAAAUUAUACUGAUGAGGCUGUUUAAUUUGGCUUUCCUUUGUACAUAAAAAAUUGAAACAUGGGGCUCGGGUCAGUGCUGUGGCAUAGCAAGUAAAGCUGUCGCCUGCAAUACUGACAUCCCAUAGCAGGCACCAGUUCAUGUCCUGGCUGUUCCACUUUCAACCCAACUCCCUGCUAAUGGCCUGGGAAAAGAAGCAGAAGAUUACCCAAGUGUUUGGGCCCCUGGCACUUACAUGGGAGAGCUGAAGAAGUUCCUGGCUUUAGCCUGGCUAUUGUGGCCAUCUGGGAAGUGAAGCAACAGAUGGAAGAUCUCUCUGUAAUUCUGCCUUUCAAAAAAAAAAAAAAAAUUGAGACAUGUAUGCAAGAGACAUUCCUCCAUCACUCAGCAAGAUUUGCUGAUGCUUCAGAGCGAGCUUAGUUUUUGGGUUUUCAGACAUGGAGAUGGGGCUUGAGCUUUGUUAUUUACAUCCAAGGUAACAUCUACAGUAACUGUAGGGGCUGCAAGAAAUUUAAACAUCUUCCUAAAACACACUCAGAAUAGUUGUAAUUCACCAGGACCAUUAAGGGCCCAAGCAAAAUGCCAAAGACCAUAAAAUGUGAUUAAUAUGUUCCACACGAAUGGUCUGAGAGCAGCUAUUCCAGCAGAGUGUCCAGCCUGGUGGAGUUCUAUAAAAGCUCUUCUACAACCCCAGAACUCACUGUCUCCGGGUGCUUGGCUGCUGACAUGGUGAUUCACCCAGAAAUGAAGUCAUCCUCCAAGGCCUGAUAGGGCAGCGAGGCCAGUGACUUCUAUCCUUCAAACACGCUCACUACGGACUGAAUUGCAAACAGCAUCAGGUUGCCCUGUGGGGAACAAUGACGCGAGAGUCUGAAGAGAGCAUUCUAUAGGAGGAGGUAGGCUUCUGUACUGUACACCCUUCCAUUCCAGGAGCAAUUUACAGCACCGUCCCUUCUGUGGGUAGUAAGAAUGAUUUAGCCCGGUUGGUUCCUAGACACACUCAUCAUCAACCCUUCUGUUCUUGGGACACUGAUAACAUCCGCCAGCAGCACCUAGAUACGGACCAGGUGAGGGAUCGCUGGUGGCCUUCGCAUCAAAGCCCCAUCGAUGACGACUCUGCUCCUGUGCUCUAGUCACCUUCACAAGGCCACCACUGUCACAACACACAAAUCGUAUGGGUGCACACACAUUCUGACCACAGCAACCACUCAAUGUGGAAAGCUUAAGCAGCCCCUCAGGUGGCUGGUAAUAAGGACCUACAGGAGUGGAGUUUUACCAGCCUUAGUAGUGUUACACUAGGACUGAACCUAAUCUUUCUGUACAAGAUCCCUGAAUGCUGAAUAAAUUGUCUCAUGGGGCAAGCAGUGGACAGAAGAUUGGGUCCCAGUGCUCUGAUGACCAGGCCACAUCCCCUGAGUGAUACUGCUGAGAUUAAAAAUUCAUUGCAAGAGACACCAAGAUGGCCAGGUAGACACGCCUAGUGUUCUCCUCUCCCAUUGCUAAAAAUUGAAACAACAAAUAAAUGGCUGUUUUGAGGUGAGUGGCCAGGGGGAGAACUAUAGAACUCAGCAAGGAAGACCUGGGGUGGCAUCAAGAAUUAGGGACAAAGAGCACUGGGAACAGCACCCCUGGCCCGACAGUCGAGGGAAUUCCCCACUACAGGGGUGGGGGGCACUGGGGCUCGCCCCUCUGCCCUAUCUCCUCAGAUGCUGUUAGUCAGCAAUUGUAGUCACAGGGGAGAACCAUGGCUGACACAGGCUUGGGGCACAGGAGCUCUGCUUCAGACAAGCAGUGACAUUAGUGAUCCCACAGCGCAGGAUGCAUCAGUGUAGCACCACCACUGGAAUUUUUACUGCCCUAGAGUAUGGAAGCUAUCUAUCCCCAUCCUUGGGGCCCUGGAGAUAUUCCACACUUGCAAAACCAUGAACCCCAGUAGCACAAUUGUGACACCAGCAUCAGAGCUCAUGCAGUUGGCCAGAUGGCUCAGUAUAGCAAGAGGUUCUGCCCCCACGAGCCUAGAAGCUAUGGUGCUUGCCCUCUUGUACUUGGGGCCUCUCUUCCCCUACCACAUCGCCCCCUGCUGCCUAAGGCAUGGUAUGCUCCCGAAUACUGCCUGCUGCCAGCACCUGCACAGCGCUACUGGGCUAAGAACAAGCACCCUGGGCCCUGCUGCUGCUGACUGUAACAGAAGCUAGAGGGAGACUGCACUGUGGCACCCAACUGGGACUAAAGCCAAAGUUGCUUAUCAAACUGAUAGCUGAAGACACACCUUCAGUGAAAAAGCCUUUUACCACAAAAGCCACUCUUUAAAAAUGACAGGUCUUGUAGAUGUGUAGAUAUCAGUGUGGGACACAAAUAAGAAAAUGCAAAGUAACAUGUGACCAAAGAAGCAGAGCAACUCUUUAGCAUGCAACUCCCCAAAUAAAAGGGUAUUGAUUAAAAAGGCACUUUAAGAAUUAAAAAAAUCUGAGAUAUGGAAUAAAGACAGUUCACUGAAAUGAGGAAACAAUACAUGAAAACAAAGCAACAGCGAUCUUACUAAAGUACCAAACACAAAUCUUGGGGAUGGUGAAUGUACUAUGUUAAAUAGAAAAUACAGCUGAAAGCAUCAAUAAAACUACAUCAAGUGCAACACAGUGAAUCUGAACUUGAAGACAAGUCUUACCAAAUACCUUGGGUCAGGCUAACAACAACGAAACGGAAUAAAGAUGGUAUCCGAGACUUUUGGGAUAUCAUUAAUUGAACAAAUAUUCAAGUUCUGGCAAUCUCAAAAGGAGAUUCUAAGGCAUAGAAAAUAUCUAGUCUUCGAAAACACAUGAACAUCAGGGUAUAGAUGACCAAUUAAGACCACCAGUAGACAUGACAAGAAAUGAUCCUCAUGUCACAUUAAACUGUCAAAAGUACAACACAGAGAAUCCUAGGAACUGCCAGGGUGCAGUGGUUAAACGAUGCUUGGGACGCCCACAAUCCACACUGGAGUGCCUGUGCUUGAGUCUCUGCCGCUGAGUCUGCUAAAGUGCACCCUGGGAAGCAACAGCUGAUGGGCCCGGCCCAGCCUUGGCUCCUGGGGACAUUCGGGAAGUGAACCAGUGGAUGGAAAACCCCUCUGCCUUUCAAAUAAACAAAUCUU